AUCAAGCCCACAAAUCUUUUUUUUUUCCUCCCUCUCGUUAGAGUUUGAGCCUUUGGAGCAAUACUAAAGUAAUACUAUACCUAUAACCCACCAUGGCUAUGGUGGUAUUGAUACUUGUCAUAUGCAUCAUUUUGAUGUCACUGAAAAUUGCCUAUGAAACUCUCUCAUGUUACUGUUUAACUCCCAGACGGAUCACGAAAAUCAUGGCAAAACAAGGUGUGCGUGGUCCGAAACCUCGGUUUCUUGUUGGAAACAUCUUGGAUAUGGCUUCUCUUGUGUCCAAAUCAACCAAAAAUGACAUGGAUUUUAUUCACCAUGACAUCGUUGGUCGCCUUUUGCCUCAUUAUGUCGCCUGGUCUAAGAUUUAUGGAAAAAGAUUCAUUUACUGGAACGGGACAGAGCCAAGAAUGUGCUUAACGGAAGCAGAAUUAAUCAAAGAGCUUUUCUCCAAAUACAAUACUGUUUCUGGGAAAUCAUGGAUGCAACAACAAGGUUCCAAACAUUUUAUCGGCCGUGGCCUUUUGAUGGCCAACGGCGAUGCCUGGUACCACCAACGCCACAUUGUUGCUCCCGCUUUCAUGGGAGAUAAACUGAAGAGUUAUGCAGGGUACAUGGUGGAAUGCACUAAUGGGAUGCUCCAAUCACUAGGGAAUGCGGUUAAAUCAGGCCAGACAGAGUUCGAAAUUGGAGAGUACAUGACUCGGCUCACAGCAGAAAUAAUUUCCAGAACAGAGUUUGACAGUAGCUAUGAGAAGGGAAAACAGAUAUUUGAUUUAUUAACACUUCUGCAGCACCGGUGCGCGCAAGCUAGCCGGCACUUGUGUUUUCCUGGAAGCAGGUUUUUCCCAAGUAAAUAUAACAGAGACAUAAAAGCAUUAAAAAUGGAAGUGGAGAGGCUACUGAUGGAGAUAAUACAAAACAGAAAAGAUUGUGUAGAAAUUGGGCGAACCAGUUCAUAUGGGAAUGAUUUGUUAGGAAUGUUACUAAAUGAGAUGCAAAAGAAAAGAUCAAGCAAUGGAUUCAGCUUGAAUUUGCAGCUGAUUAUGGAUGAAUGCAAGACUUUUUUCUUUGCAGGACAUGAGACCACUGCCCUUUUGCUAACUUGGACUGUCAUGUUGUUAGCAAGUAAUCCUUCUUGGCAAGAUAAAGUUCGUGAAGAGGUCAACCAAGUUUGCAAAGGAGAUUCACCCACUGUUGAACACCUUCCAAAGCUUACUUUGUUAAACAUGGUAAUCAAUGAGUCGUUACGACUUUAUCCACCAGCUUCUGUACUACCAAGAAUGGCAUUUGAGGAUUUCAAGUUAGGUGACCUUAAUAUUCCUAAAGGUUUAUCAAUAUGGAUUCCAGUACUUGCCAUACAUCAUAGUGAAGAAAUAUGGGGUGAAGAUGUCAAUGAAUUUAGGCCUGAUCGUUUUGCAUCAAAGUCAUUUGCCGCAGGCCGGAAUUUUCUGCCGUUCGCUGCCGGUCCCAGGAAUUGUGUUGGCCAAUCUUUUGCAUUAAUGGAAGCCAAGAUCAUAUUAGCCAUGUUAAUAUCAAAAUUUCGUUUCACAAUUUCGGAUAAUUAUCGCCAUGCACCUGUGAUUGUCCUCACAAUUAAGCCUAAAUAUGGGGUACAAGUCAAGUUGACACCUUUGAGUCCUUGAGGAAAUUUUGGCCUUUAGAGGAUUACUUUCCUCUUUUUUCCAAAAUAUUGUUUUCGUUUCUGCUUAAGAAGAGAUUUUGAGGAGGAUGCAAUCUUGGAUAAUAGUACUAAUGAUAUGAGUAGCUUUAUUUUAUUUCUUAUUUUGUAAUAGCAGAUUAAGAUGAGUUUAAAUAAAAUGACAGAUCAAGUCACUUUUUGAUGAUUCGUAUAUAUGAUC